AUGGAGCCUGACCAGGACAGUCAGAACAAGGUCAUCGACGUGACGGCCUGCGUGCCGCUGCGAUGCGCCACAAAGAACUUCGUGGCCGGGUCCGAGUGCAGGGAGAUUGCCUUAAGUCUGCUCGAGGAGCUGCGAGACCAAGCUAGCUUGCAACUGCCUGGUGAGGACGCUGACGCCAAGCCACCAUGGUUGGAUGGAAUCCGGCCCCAAGAAGCAGACACCGGCAGCCGCACCUACCUGGCACUGCGGGCAACGGCUGCUGCAUCUUCGCAGCGGGAAGGUCCCUUCGGGCGCGUCGCUGUCGUCGGAACGCACGGGGUGUUGUCCGUGCUUGCCGCGCAGUAUUUGCAGAAGGCUGCGCAGCCAGUGGAUCUUCACAUGGCUCUCUAUGGCCAAUGCCAGCUGUGCGAGUCGUCUCAGACUUGCCAGAAGCACCAUGUCCCUAGCCCUUUGGAUGCGGGCUGCGCGUGGUCCCAUGGCCACGGCAACCUUGAGGAGGAGGUGACUGGGGCAGUGCAGGCAUUUCUCCGCAUCGAGAGCAACCUCGCCGCGGUGGUGUGCUUCCAGCUUCUCGUUUGCCACUUCCUCUUCGCUACCCUUGCAGCAACCGUGGCGAGACUGCAGGUGCUUGGCAUGAACCCUCUCCAAGGGGUCCCAAGCUUCAUGGCAACGAAGCUCCUCGCAGCUCUGGAUCAGAGGCUGGAGAGCGGCGACUUGGUGCUGGCGUCAAGCUCGGUGACUUCCGCGCUCACGGCAUACCACCUCAAUCUUCCUGAGGAGAUGGGCCCGCCGGCAAUGCCUUUUCUGUCCCCGCAGCUCCGAAUCUGGGGGCUUGAGGCGCCCUGGCCCCAAGGCCAGCAGGUGCUGUUCUUUCGGACUGCCAUGCUGAUGAACAGUCCAGACACAGACGUUCUCGAGGCGACUGUGGGCAAGCUUUGGCCUUACGGAGUCAAAAGCCAGCCUUCUGGGUGGGAUUGGGAAGAUCAGACUCAGGUGUCGUGGGUCCAGCAACAUCUCGCCGUUGUCUUCAUCCCGGACCAUCCGUUCACAAACGUCUUCCAGGACCUCUGCGCAAUGCGCCUGCCAAUCUUCGUGCCCAGCCGCGCCAUCCUCGCGUGGUUGUGGCCACGUCUGAAGAACCCAAGAGAUGGUGCUACAUACCACGGCUGGUUCGAGAAAGACAUCCCGCGGGUGAUGCUGUCCAGGUCUUCGCCUCACCACGCAGGCAUGCCCGAGCCUUUCAAUCUGGAUGUGGACGGAGAGGCGAAGGUCAAGUACUGGCUGCGUCUGGCGGAAUACUACCACUUUCCGGGUGUCCAGGUGUUCCACUCCCUGGCGGGGCUCAUCGCGGAUCUCAGGCCUGAUGUCCUCCAGGCUGCCAGGACUGCCAUGGAAAGCCACCUGCAGGUGCAGACUGGCAUCACCUUGUCGAUCUUCCGUGCGCUUCUGACUACAGCUAACAUGGAAGGAGGGAAGGCCCUGCGGCGGAGAGCCAAGCGCUCAGAGAAGUUUCCAAGCCCACAAGCGCCGAUCUUUGCCUGCAUGGCCAAUUCAAGAGAUCCGUUGCAGGCUUCGCACGAUUCCCAUACACCUCGGCGGCAGCUCACUGCAUGGCGGAUUCGGGCGCGGCGCGGCGUCCGACUUCCGAAGCUUCUCCGUUUGCAGGUUUGGCGUCCAUGUCGUGUCGGCUGGAAGAAGGAUGGUUCCCACCACACGUUUCGACUGGUCGGCGAGCACCGAGUGAAGCCUACAGCGAGGACCGCGGCUGGGGCUCGGACUCUGCGAGUCAUCAUUCCAGAGGAGAAGCAGUUCGCCCUACGCGCGGGCGACUCCUUGGCUUGGGCUGUGUCUGUGAGGCCGGGUCUUUCUUGGGACGGCUGGCGUCGUGUCCGGUCGGCCAGCCGAUUCACAAUGACUUCACCUGGCAAUGCGCAGGCCAAACCUCUUUGCUUGGGCCUAGAUUCGUCUCCGGCAGAGUGCGCUGUGGAACGGGGCAUCUGUAAUUUCGAGGUGCAGCAAUGGCUUCCGAGUCGUGUGAUGGCUCUGGAGGUUGAGACAGCUGCACUCCCUGAGAAGGGCACAAAGACUGUCCUGUCGAUCAUCAUCGAGCUCCCUGCAAACAGCCGCUCAGUGAUCAUGAUGUUCCACACGCUCCAGAAUUACGUCGGGCAUAAAGCCGAUUCAAAGGCCGGCGGCAGCUCUGCACCUGCAAAGUUUAGCUUCUUGGUUUGCCCGCCGGAGACAGCGAAGGAGCUUAAUGAAUCUGUGAACCUUUGGUCGAAGGUCAUCAACCUCUACGACUGUGCCGUCGGGGUCUCAUUGCGCUGCGCCGAGGCGCGAGGAGAGGAGCCGGUGGCAGCAACGGAGGCUUCAGAGAGGUUUCUCCGCGCGCUGCUCCCGCACAGCAUGUGGAUCAUCCUGGCGGGCCAUGGCGACGAAAGCUUGCAAGCAGCGAGGACGCUGGCCUCGAAGAACGAAAUAGGCCUCGGCAUCGUUCUGCAGCCGGAAGAAUAUGAGAUCCAGAGUGGCAACAGGUUGACAGGACUGCAGGGGACCUGCGCCAACCAAAUGAUCAAGCAGACGGAGUUCAAAGCCUGCACCAUGGAAUUUGGCAAGGAGCUGGAGGCGCCAGUCAUCACUGCCGCGGCAAUCACCUGGUUGGCCAGUUCCAGAGCUGGCCGGCACUGGGCGCCGCUCGUCCUCCGCUGUGCUACGUGGAGUCGUGAAGCCACCGAAGGAACACCCACGGAGGAGGAGCCGGAUGAGACUCUGAUGCACCUCGCACAGCUUCUCCAGGAGCCGGAUGAAGCUGAGAUUGUGAGCCGCAACGCUAUCCAGGUGAUCCAGCGAAUUUACCUCCGAGAAGACCUUGACAUCUCGGCCAGCGUUGAAGACACUACGACGUACGAGGAGUUUCUGACACUUCGACAGAAGUUGCCGCCUGGCGGGCUGAGCGUCUUCAUGGACAAGAUCCAGUUUCGCACGGAGCUGCUGCCGAGCGUAGGCGUGCAGCAUACCCCGACGUUGUACAUGUCCAAUACCGACCCAUAUUUCUUGCCGUACAUCACCAACGUUUCCUCCUUUGUCGUCAAGCCGAGCCAUCUUUCGGAGAGCGAGUCGGUGGUGGUGGUGCAAAACGGCACCUAUGCCUUCGACAUCCAGCUGCACGGCUCGCCUUUACCAGCUGCGGGAUUGCCGGUGGAUAAGGAGAUGCUGCAGCAGCACAUGUACGAGGCAUUUAACAGGACAGCAUUCGAUUGGGAAUGCCAGGCUGUCCGAGCUGCUCGGCCGGGCGUGAUCGUGGAGCGCAUGAUCACUGCGCGGCUGGAUGGUGCCUCAGCGAAAGAACGGGUGGAAGAGGUUCGAUUCCACGUGGUAUGGGGUCGAACGACCGUCGUUGAGUGGGCCAUCAACAGGAUAGGAAGCACCACCAUGUACCUAGACGUGAAUGACAAAAGAUGGCACAUUUUCCAGACCGAUAUGAUCUGGGCUACAACUCUAGGCGAAGCAGCCUUUGACGAUGCUGAUGCCUGGGUGGAAGCUGUUCAGGAUCGUUGCCUCAAUCGUUUGUCGCGAGUGGCAGAGCGCGUUGCUCUUGGAGCCCACGUGGAUCACAUACGAAUAGACUUGUUUGUGGAAGACAAGUGCGACAAGUACUAUGUGUCGGAGGUUGAGCUGUUCCCGGCGGUACCCCUCGGCACAAACGCCAUGAUUGCGUUGGAGAGACGGUGGAGACACGGGUACAUCUUGUGA